UGACCCCCUCGGCUCUCUCCUCAGAUCCUGACUGACGAGGCUGUCGUGUUAUGACGACCCCCAACAAAGGAAACAAGGCCUUGAAGGUGAAGCGGGAGCCAGGAGAGAAUGGGACCAGCCUGACGGACGAGGAGCUGGUGACCAUGUCUGUGCGGGAGCUGAACCAGCAUCUGCGGGGCCUGUCCAAGGAGGAGAUCAUCCAGCUGAAGCAGCGCCGGCGCACACUCAAGAACCGCGGCUACGCGGCCAGCUGCCGUGUCAAGCGUGUCACGCAGAAGGAGGAACUGGAGAAACAGAAGGCAGAGCUGCAGCAGGAGGUGGAGAAGCUGGCCUCGGAGAACGCCAGCAUGAAACUGGAACUUGACGCCCUGCGCUCCAAGUACGAGGCCCUGCAGAACUUCGCCCGGACCGUGGCGCGGAGCCCCGUGACCCCUGCCCGCGGGCCCCUGGCCUCUGGCAUGGGGCCGCUCGUUCCGGGAAAAGUGGCCACCACCAGCGUCAUCACGAUAGUGAAAUCCAAAACGGACGCCCGGUCGUAGUAAAGCGCACGCUCCCGGCGCUGGUCUGUGCAGGGCCGUUAGGCACGCGGCCGGCCUGGACCCCCGAAGCACAACCCCCUUCCUAGCCGGGCCAGGGCUCCAUCCCUGUGGCCCAGGACCAGCCCGCGGCUCACUCCGGUGUUGUGUGUUGUUUUGUUGAGAUUGAUGUGACCAGUGGUGAUGUGUCCCCUGUGCUGUGCGAGCAGAGCCUCCUGCCUGGGCCGGCAGGGCAGAGAUGGUGCUUGGCCUUGGCAUCCUCGGCACAGACCGUCCGUGCAGCGAGGAGGAAGGUGUGAUGGCGGAGGCCUGUGGCGCCACCCGUCUUGGGGAGGGGUGGGGGCGGCGGCUCUGCCGCAGGGGGCUGGGAACACUGAAGUCAGUCGCUCCCGACAGCUUUAUUCCAUUGCGCUUCCCAGGGGUGCGUCACGGCACCCGUCUGCCAUGUGCCCAAAUCUGCUGCUUCUAUCUCGUGUGGUACCGGUGGCUGUAGUGGGGAUUGGUCCGGGGGGCUGAUUCUGUGCUCACCUCCUAGGUGCGUCCCCUCCUCACCCUGAAGGGGGUUGUCUUGGCUUCCACUGUGUCAGUCUCAUGACCCCACGGCAGUGGACAGGGGUGCUGCAGCUCCCCGGUU